AUGACAGUACCACAGAAUUUGCUAUUAUCAACAUUCAACAUUCAAUAUGAAAACAAAGCUUUUCCACCGUUGACAGCAACGAGCAUUAUCGAUUAAUGAUCAAUAACACAAAUUGCUGGCCAUCGUCUCAUAUUAAUAUAGUAUUUUUUUUUAAACACGAAUUACCGUUUUAACGAUAGUGUUCUUGUAGUCUACAAGGAUCAUCCGAAUUCCGAUCUUCAAAGCAUUGUCUCCUGACUAUUUGUGAUUAUGGCCGCUUCUCUAAAACGGUCGGAAGACAACAUUUCUAAUAACGGCGAAUCAAUAGAGAAAGAUAAGACUGAAACAUCGGAGAAAACUUUAUCGGCAAGUGUUAGUAAUGCUACGUCAAAUUCAGCUGAAAGCAGCGGAGGUGUUAAAAAAUCUAUAUCAAAAAACCAAUCAGAAAAUGAUACUAAAAAAAAACCUCAUUCAAAAAAAUCAAAGAAGAAUGAAAAGAAAUCUGCAGAAGAUCUCAAGAGUGAAUGUAUUGAUUGUCCAGUUUGCUUAGGAACGGCUGUGAUUCCUACACGUAUUCCUUGUGGCCAUGUAUUCUGUUUCUUAUGUGUUAAAGGUGCAUCUAGAAGGGCGAAAAAAUGCCCGUUAUGCCGCCAGGCAAUACCUGUUGAUUUCGAUAAAAAUCCUACCGUACUGGAACGGCAAGAAAUUGAAACACUUGAUGAUGGUUAUCAGUGGUUUUAUGAAGGCAAAAAUGGUUGGUGGCAGUAUGAAAAAAGAACAUCGGAAGAAAUUGAACAAAACUUUAAACUCAGCAACAUGAAAUUCGAUUUACUCAUUUGUGGUACUAUGUAUACAAUAGAUCUUGAUCGAAACGUGCAAUUCAGUAAGGAAUGUCCUAACAGAAGAAGAAAAGUGAAACGAGAAAAUGCCAACAACAUAGCUGUUAAAGGUGUUGCCGGUGUUCAUUAACUAUUCCAAUUUCUCUAUUUUAACUUUUAUUGUAUACAUCAAUUUAAACUUUAUGAAACAUUUUUGAAUUUUAAUUAUUAUACUCAUCAAGACUAAACACGAUUUAUUAUACUUAAAUAAUCAUAUUUAAGUAAAAUUUAAUUCUUUUGCCUUAAUUAUGAAUUUUAUAAAUCUUGCAAAGUAUGUAAGUGAUAAGUGUUAUUGUUGUUAAGUAGUUUCAUCAGUCUAUGAAUAGAUUUUAUUCUAAAUUCAUUUUAUGGUGUGUUAAAAUAUUGAAU